AACUUCUGAAAGAAUUGUGUCUCAAAACGUUUUGUGUCAUCUCCCCUGUAUAGCUUCCGUAUGGGAGAAGUUUUUCAUUACAUCUUAGAUACUCGAAGCCUUCAGAUCUCUCUCUCUCUCUCUCUCUCUCUCCAUCCUUGUGAUUAUAUUAACGUAACGUAAAUUGGUCACUUGUAACUUGUCGAUUUCAGAUUUGAUUUUUCUUAGAGUUUAUUUAGUAUUAUUUAGUAUUUUUUGUGGAAUCUGAACAAACAUUGUUGUCUAACGGCGCCUGGUUUUGUGAAAGUGUGAAACAAGCUGCAGCAAUGGUAUACCAAUAAGGGCGGAACGGAUGUUCCGCAGCGUGAGUCAAGGAGCGUUACCAAUAGUCAUCAGUGCGGACUGCGCAUCCACAUUCACCGUUCCAUAUCAAGCUUUGGAUUCUCUGACGGAGCUCAAGGAGAACCCUUUCCGAAGACGUGUUUGUGAAGUGUUCAGCACAGACGGCUCAGCUUCCCUCACUCUUAACCAGUUUUUGGAAAUGUUUUCUGUCUUCAGCGAACAUGCACCAAGGGAAAUCAAGGCCGCUUACGCUUUUCGCGUGUAUGACUUUGAUGGUGACGGGUUCAUUGGAGAAGAUGACCUGCUUCAGGCGGUCAAGCAUCUGACUCAUGAUAUGUUGACCCCCGACGAGUAUACUACCAUCGUGGCAAAGGUAUUAGAGGAGGCGGACGUCGACUGUGAUGGACAACUUUCCCAAUCUGAGUUCACUCAUGUUAUUUUGAAGAGCCCUGACUUCGUACCCAACUUCCACAUCAGAAUUUAAGAUAAUUCUUUCGAUACGCAUUCAAAGACGUUACCCAAGAGAGAGAGAGAGAGAGAGAGAGAGAGAGAGAGAGAGAGAGAGAGAGAGAGAGAGAGAGAGAGAGAGAGAGAAUUCCAAUAACAUUUUCUCAUAGUUACUUACUAUUAGUAGGAGACUGCUUGUGUAGAAUCAGUUGCACGCAUGUCAAUCGACAUAUCGUAAGACUUGAGGGAUUAUUCAGGAUUUAAGAGGGGAAAGUGGACAAAAUUUAUCAUAAUACCUUUGCAAUAUUUCCCUUGCCAAUAUUCAGUGGCUCGGCCAUGUGACCUUCAACCUGCCCCACUUGGGCAAUCCGCGUGGUAAAAUUAAAGAAAAAUACAUUAAUAGCUAUUUGUUACAUUCCACUCUUCUAGUCCUGUCAGUAGAUGUCUUUGUUGUGGGACUGGUACUCCUUUCUUUGUUAAUUUUAUCGCUAUCAUUUUUAAAAAAACUUUUAGUUACUUUUAACUAUAAUAUCAAUUGUUUAGAAAUUUCUUGACCUUUGGUUUAGGAUAAGGAUCUUCUGGGUAUUUUGGGGUGACAAGUAACCAAACUUUUGGUGAUCAAGAAUAGCUUUGGGAUCCUACUUAAAAAUAAAGGUCAGUUUCCCGGACAAAGUUUGGAUGCUACUAGGAAGAAAUAACAAUUGCUGAGGAGAUUACGAUGAGCAAUGGAAAUAAAACUUAAGUCUGUAACAAAAUCAGUGUCCAAUUUGGUGUAUCAGGUUAUAGUGAAAGAAUAAUGAAAUGAGAUGUUACACUUUUAUUCAUGAUUGAAAUGUUCAUACUUGAUCAAAUGCUGAAUUUCCUGUUUCUUUCACAUCAAUCAAACCUGUCCCGAUCUUCUAAUCUGUAGUAGAAGAAGGCAGGUUUACCAUUUACAAAUACGUUUGUAUUUCUUAGCUGAUAGUGAAUCCUAUUCCUAAUAAAUGCUCUUAUGGAA